UCCUUCUUUCAAAGAAGUUUAGGCAACAACUUCCGAAGCUGAAACUUUGCUCUGCCUCGCUCGCGCAUUUCGUCGAACACCAUGUCGUCCACCGCCGCCGCCGCCCCGUCCGACGGCGACGCCAAGCUCCAGUGCUUCCUGCAAUGGCUCCAGGCCAACGGCGCCGACCUCCGCGGCUGCACGAUCCGCGCCUGCGGCCGCAAGGGCUUCGGCGUCUACGCCACCGCCGCCGAUGCAGGCGCCGCCGACGGGGUGGUGAUGGCGGUGCCGCUGGACCUCGCCGUCACCCCGAUGCGGGUGCUGCAGGACCCGCUCGUCGGCGCGCGGUGCCGCGCGCUCUUCGAGGAAGGUGGCGUCGACGACCGCCUCCUCGUCAUGCUCUUCCUCAUGGCCGAGCGCCUCCGCCCUAGCUCCCUCUGGAAGCCGUACUUGGAUGUGCUCCCGAGCACCUUCGGGAGCUCCGUCUGGUUCAGCGACGAGGAGCUCGCGGAGGUGGAAGGCACAACGCUGCACCGCGCCACGGUCAUGCAGAGAGAAUCGUUACAAAAGUUAUUCGAUGAUAAGGUGAAAGGUCUGGUCGAGGAGCUUCUACAUGUCGAUGAAUCGGGAAGCUCAAUUGAAGUGCGGUUUGAGGACUUCCUUUGGGCAAACUCGAUUUUCUGGACUCGAGCGCUGAACAUCCCACUGCCUCAUUCUUACGUUUUUCCGGGCUCGCUUGAUGAACAACAGAACAGAACUGGGGAAGCUUUGGGUGCUUCUAGUCUCACCAAUCAACAGGAAACUGACAUUACAACGAAGAAUUGUAGUGGUGAAGAGAUUCCUGAAUCUUGUAAUACAGAGUCAAUUUGGGUUGAGGGGCUCGUGCCAGGAAUCGAUUUCUGUAACCAUAAUGUAAAGGCUCUGGCGACAUGGGAAGUUGAUUCGGUGGGAAAUUUAACAGGAAUUCCUGCUUCAAUGUACCUCAUGCUUGUGCAAGCUGGUAAAAGCUCUGUUGAGACUGGGACAGAGAUCUACAUAAAUUAUGGCAACAAAGGAAAUGAGGAAUUGCUGUACCUAUAUGGAUUUGUGGUUGACAAUAAUCCAGAUGAUUAUCUCAUGGUUCAUUAUCCAGUAGAAGCUCUUAGACAGCUUCAGUCUGCUGACGUUAAGAUGAAACUAAUUGAGAUGCAGAAGGCUGAAUUGAGAUGUCUUCUACCUACAAGUUUGCUUGAUAGGGGAUUUUUCGGAACCAGCACCAGUUCUAGUGAAGAUGAUAACAAGAAAAAUGCUAGUCAUUUUUCUAGUUACAGUUGGAGUGGUCAACGCAAAGUUCCAUCAUAUCUCCACAAAAAUCUUUUCCCUCAAGAAUUUUUAAGUACUCUUCGCACAAUUGCCAUGCAAGAACAUGAGCUUGAACAGGUUGCUUCCCUGCUUGGAGAGGUUGGAUCUAGUGAGGAUGGAGAACCAUCUGAUGCAGAGAUCAAAAGCGCUAUAUGGGAGGUGUGCGGUGAUCAUGGAGCGCUGGGAUUGCUUGUGGAUCUUCUUAGGGUGAAAAUGGCUGAACUUGAAGAAGGAACUGGAACAGAAGCAUCUGACAGUCAACUGCUGGAGAAAUUUGAUUCCAACGAUCCAGAUGACUCCUUGAGUGCAACCGUCGAAGGCAUCGAAGCGACGAAAUCGAGAGUGAACAGAAGGUCGUGUAUAGUGUACCGUAGAGGGCAGAAGCAGCUGACGAGGAUGUUCCUCAGGGAGGCGGAACGUCUUCUGGAGCUGUCCGCGGAGGAGCAGACAUAGAGACUUUGCUUACCUGGUACAACAUGUGUUGGGAGCGACACAUCUCUAACUAGACUUGUGUUGUUCCGCUUUGGAGAAAUAUAUUUGCUACACCCAAACUUUGGACAAAUAUUGUUAUCCUUGUAUUGGGUUUUUUCAGACUUAAAAAUAGGAUCACACUCACACAAGGAAAGUGUACACUAAAUACAAUCCGUAUGCCAAUAUGUACCUAGAACGCGACGGCUGCCCAUCAAGCUCACUUUAUUUAGUCUGAUAA